AAUGUAUCCCUGGUAUUUGCAUUAUCCAGGGGUGGAGCAGAAAGGAAUUGAGCAGGGAGCUAGAAGACUGCAGUGGAAACACUUGGUACCUGUGUAAGGGGAUGGCUAGGAACUUGUGGGCUGGAACGGAAGACACAAGAACGUUUGUAGAUUGUGUUUGCACAAGUUCAAGGCUUUUGAGAAUACGAAGAGGUUAUCUGCUGCUGCUGCUGCUGCUACUGGCAGGAACACUGAGGCAUAUUGUAGCUGAUGGCAAUAUUUCAGAGAUACCGGUAUAAAGUGAAAGUACACUGGAACAAGAUGGCAGCUAAAGGCUACAAAAAGAUCAGACUGUGUAAAUUGUGACAUGGAAAACAGCACAGAUGAUGAUCCUGAGAGCAAUCUGACUUUCUGUAUAAUUGACCAUACUCUACGUCAAACUCUGUUCCCUGUGGUAUACAUUGCUGUUCUUGGUGUUGGUCUACCUGCAAAUUGCUUGUCAUUAUAUUAUGGAUAUUUACAAAUAAAAGCCAAGAAUGAACUUGGUAUUUACCUGUGCAACUUAACAGUGGCUGACCUUCUUUAUAUCUUCUCUCUGCCCUUCUGGCUACAGUAUGUUUUGCAGCAAGAUAACUGGACCUACAACGAGACAAUGUGCAGGAUAUGUGGCAUUCUGCUGUAUGAGAAUAUAUACAUUAGCAUUGGAUUUCUCUGCUGUAUUUCAGUAGACCGUUAUCUUGCCUUGGUUCAUCCUUUCAGGUUUCACAAACUGAGGACAAUGAAGGCCGCACUUGCUGUUAGCAUGAUUAUCUGGCUCAAGGAAAUAAUGACGAGCUACAUUUUUUUCAUACAUGGAGAAGUCAGCGAAGAUCCUGAAAGCCACAUAGUAUGCUUUGAACAUUAUCCAAUUAAACCAUGGGAGCACAAUAUUAAUUACUAUCGCUUCUUUGCUGGGUUCCUUUUUCCAAUAAUUCUACUGCUGUUUUCCUAUUGCUGCAUUUUUAGGGAAGUUGGAAACAGCAAAGGUGCCCAGACAAAGAAAAAGCUUCAAGUCAAGCAGUUGGUUCUAAGUACUGUUAUCAUCUUCUUAGUAUGCUUUGGACCAUACCAUGCACUGGUGGUCAUCCGAAGUUUUUUUGAAAGAAAUUGUUUAUUUGCUGUUAAAAUAUUUAAUUUUUACCACUUUUCGCUGCUGCUAACCAGCCUCAACUGUGUUGCAGAUCCAGUGUUAUACUGUUUUGCCAGUGAAAACACUUACAAAGACUUUAUUAGAUUAAAAAGUUCAUGCCUGACAAGUUUAAGUUGCCUCAAAGAUGAACAGAAGGAACCACAGAAAUUCAACAGUGCAGAGAUUUCUACUGCAACACAAAUUCCACUUGAGAUUGAGCCUGUAGAGCUAUGUGAAAAGAAGAUUUCAAGCACAGAGCAUUCAGUUUAGGGUGCUGAAUAAGUUCUAGUUUGCAGGGUAACUGGUUUCUCCCAGGAUCACACACAAGUACAAAAAGCUAUUUAAGUGCAUACUUAAUAUCUGCAGGGCACAUAAAAUUAGCUUUUUUUCAGAGACAUAAAAACGUUUUUUUAUUAUUGAAAUAAAAUUAUUUUAUUAACAAUG